AAAGGCGUGACAGCUUGGUAUAUCAUCCGCUCAUUGUUGUUCUUCCGCUUGCAGACCAUGGCAGUGAUCAGUGACAUAAAAUCUGCCUUUCACAACAUCGCAAUACAACCUGAACAUAAAAAGUUUGUCAAGUUUUUAUGGAUCGAUAAUGACGAAAACACGGUUUGUUACCAGUUCAAUCGGCUGCCGUUCGGCCUUUCUUCAAGUCCGUUCAUUUUAUACGCAGUGGUGAUGCAUCAUCUAAAACAGUAUCGAUCCAAAUAUCCUCAACGGUGAACGCGAUAAUUAAUGGACUGUAUGUCGAUGACCUGAUAUUUUCCGCCAACAAUCAACGCGAAGUUGAACAGAUAAAAUGUGAUAGCCAGAUGAUCUUUGCUGAAGCAUCAAUGAUGUUGAGGAAGUGGCGGUCAUCGGACAAAGCCCUUAAUGAUCGUUGGGGUGAUGGACUUGCCGAAACCAAGGUCUUAGGCGUAGAAUGGACCGAGGAUGAUCAAAUGCGGGUGUUGAUUCCCGAAUUUACUGAUGGCGGAAACAUCACAAAACGGGCUUUGUUAAAGUAUCACGCAUCGAUUUACGACCCAUUCGGAUUUGUGUUGGCAACGACCUUGAAGCUGAAAAUGAUGAUACAUGAAUCAUGGAAAUUGGGCUACGAAUGGGAUGAUCCCUUAAGUCCAGAUCUACAGAAGAAAGCUCGGAAAAUUAUUCACGAAAUCAAAGAAUUGGAUCAAUUCAGUUUUCCCCGUCGGAUAUUUGACAAGUCAGUAGAAGAAUUCGAUUUAAUGGUGUUUGUCGAUGCAAGUCAACAUGCAAUUGGUAUCGCAAGCUAUCUAACAAAUGGUCAGCAGCUAACGUUAAUCUAUGCCAAAUCCAAAUUGAUCAAACCACGAAAGAUUGUAAGUGCUGAGCUCUUGGCGUUGUCGGCCGGUGCCAAUACAGCCAAAACAUUGGGAGAUCUCGUGAAUGCUCGACACAUAAUAUUGUUCUCUGAUUCCAUGGAUAACGUAAAACGUUUAGAAGAAGACAUGAACAAAUAUCCGUAUCCUGUGGCCGUCCAUUUGUUCAACAUAAAAUCAAAAAUCAGUGAUAUUCGACACAUACGAGGAGAAAUCAAUCCUGCUGAUGCAUUCACUAGAGGAGUGACGGUUGACGAAUUGAAGAAGUUACAUCGAUUAAAUUAUCACGAUAUUAUUGAACUACAAGAUGUGGUAGUUGGUGUUGGUUUGACGGUGAACGGUUCCUCGGAAAAAUAUGAUAUUUCUAAAUUUGAUCUUGAUAGCAAACGACCUUAUAACCAAUGGAUCGAGCUUGUGCAACAACAAUCUGACGAUUGGAAAAAAUCCAUCGAUGAAACUAUGAAUGAAUUGACCAUAUUAAUCAAAAUUAAUCAACGAAGGUUCCUGGAUGACCAUUUCGACAAACACAUUCCAACAUUUUGUGAUGAUCAAGGCCUGGUACGAUGUUUGACACGACUGGAGAAUUCAGAUUUGAGUUACGACGAAAAAUACCCGAUUGCUUUGCCGACAUGUGAAUUUACGUUAGCAUUGAUGGAACGUACACAUGAAAAUGAUGAACAUGGUUCGGUGAAUUAUACAUUGGCCAAUUUUCGAAUGAAGUAUUUCACACCACGCGCACGACAACAAUUCAUAAAAAUCAAAAACCGAUGCUCUAAAUGUCGCCAAUUACGUGCUAAACCAUUGCAAGUAUCUCUCGGUAAUCCUCCCAGUACACGAUUGGACAGAAGUCAUCCCUUUGAACAUAUCGGAGUGGACAUUUUUGAACUGAAAACCGACCCGAAAACCAUUGGAAUGAUAUUCACGUGUUGCGUCACACGGGCGGUGCACUUCGAAGUAUUGGAAAAUAUGACAGCCGAAUGUGUAUGUGACACCUUUCAAAUAUUCGCGGCCCUUAGAAGAAUUCCGUCCACGGUAUAUUCAGAUAAUGGAACGAACUUUAAACGACUCGGAAACAUGUUUAAUGAGGCAUACACCGUAUUGAAAGACAAAUUUCAAUGGAGAUUCAAUACGCCCGCCGCACCAUUCCGAGGAGGCUUCUUUGAAUCGCUUAUAAAAUCCAUGAAGAAGGGAUUUUACAGUAUCAUCACAUGA